AUGCCUGUCGAGACAGGCGUGCCAUCUUCAAUUAUCACACAUAGAGACGCUACGGCGCCAGCUCCUCUUAGCAAUGGCCCGAGAACUACAAUGAGACCUACUUUAACAAUCAGAGACGAUUUUGAUCCUCAUGUCUCGAUUCCUCCGCUGACGUUAAACCUGCCUUCUAACACCUGCUUCCCGACUAUCGCGCCUGACAAAAAUGGCUACGUCCCGCCUACUGAAUGCAAUGCUCUUUACGAGUACUAUCCGUCGUUCCAAGCUGCUGUCGCUUUCACUGUCGUGUUUGGUGCUCUCCUGAUGGUUCACCUUGCACAAGCAAUUGCGUUGAAGACCAAGUUUGUCUGGGUUAUCAUCAUGGGGCUGGCGUGGGAAUUUGUUGCUUUCUUGACGAGGUCGCUCAGUACGAAACACCAGCAAGAUUCAACAAUUGCACUCAUAACUCAACUGUUCAUUCUAUUAGCCCCACUAUGGGUCAACGCAUUCGACUACAUGGUUCUCGCGCGCAUGAUUCACUACUUUCUCCCCGAAAAGCGCGUCGGUAUUUUCAAGCCUUCAUUACUCGCCGUUAUAUUUGUCUUUCUAGACUUCGGCUCCUUUGUCAUUCAGCUCAUCGGCGGAGGUAUGGCUGGACCCGGUGCUGAUCAGUCCACAAUGACGCAGGGGGUUCACAUAUACAUGGGUGGUAUCGGUAUUCAAGAAGCCUUCAUCGUGGUUUUCCUCAUUGUUGCCAUUUUAUUCCACCGGAAAAUGCAUCGGCUUGACCGCAUGGGCGCAUUAGUAGGCGACAAGACUCGCUGGAAAGGCCUGAUAUAUGCCUUGUAUUUUAGUCUUUCCGCCAUUACCGUCCGCAUCAUCUAUCGACUAGUCGAGUUUUCCGAUGGAACUGAUGCUUCAAGUCCAAUAAUAAGUCAUGAAUGGUUUGUGUAUGUUUUCGAUGCUGUGCCGAUGGUAUUUGCCGCUGGAGUAUGGUGCAUCGUGCACCCUGGGAAAGUUUUAAAAGGUCCAGGCUCUGAGUUACCUCCUUCUGGCUUACGAAAGAUAUGUUGCUGCUCUUGCUGUUGUAGAGGAAGGAAAUCCAAGGUACCUAUGAAAAGAUUACCAAGCGAUGAAAACGUAUCAGAGGAGCUACGGCCGAUUCGUCAAUAUGAAGAGAAUAAUCAUCAGACUUCGCCGCCUCAAGGCUUUUACGGAAACUUCCAAACAAUAUCCACGGGGUAUAACCAAGUUCCAAGGCAGGGCCACUCAGCCCAUCAGUAUUAG